ACAGUCCUGCUGCCACACUGGCCCCUUCCAGAAAGCAGCAGCCCCCUGGCCACUCCCCCACCUGGUGCAUCCAGUGGGGCAGGACUGGGCCCGCCCACCUCACCCAGCUGUUGUAGGCAAAGGCCACUGCUCUCCCCAGGCGGGGCCUAGGGAUCAGGAGCCCUGAGGCAGGCUGGCUGGGCACAUUCCAGGACUGGCUUCCGUGAGCCCCAUUGCCACCGCACAACUGGUCAGGGCUGGGAUUUGCGCUAUGGGGCUGGAGGACAGGGCCAAGUGCUGGUGCUGGGGCCCAGAGCCAAGCUGCUGGGCAGCUGGCAGCGGUCCCACACAGGGGCGCAGUGGACCCCUCUCUCUGUGUGGCCACACUGUGGGCCAGGACACCAGCAGUGCCCUGUCCGGGGGUGGGGGGCAGGACCACAUAGAUGGGCAGAUCCUGGGCCAGCCGCGCCCCCUCUCAGGGCAGGAGGAAGAGGAGGAGGGGGCCAGGGCUACCCCAGCGGCAAGACCGGCCUUCCCCGGGAUGGGCUCUGAGGAGCUGCCGCUGGCCUCCUUCUGCGAAUGGCUACUGGCCGCCAUGGUGAGGCCUGAGUGGCUGGCUGCCGCAGGCUUCUUCUACACUGGCCAGCAAGACAAAGUGAGGUGCUUCUUCUGCUGCGGGGAUCUGCAGAGCUGGGAGCAAGGGGAUGACCCCUGGACAGAGCACGCCGAGUGGUUCCCCAGGUGUGAGUUCCUGCUCCAGACGAGGGGACAGGACUUUGUCUGCAGCGUGGAGGAGGCCCGUUGCCACCCGCUUGGCUCCUGGGUGAGUCCUGCCUCUCCUCGGGACUUGGGGGAAGGACGGGCCCCUGCCGUCCCCUCCGGUGCCGGGGACAGCCAGGAGUGGUCCGCACGGUGCCAGUGCCCAGCAGUGCAGGCCGUGCUGUGCAUGGGCUUUGGGCUGGGCCGCAUGCAAAACCUGCUGUAGCGGAAGUAUGGCUGGGCAGGGCCAGCUGACCUCUCCGCGUCCUGGCUGGUGGCAGACCUGCUCCAGAAAGACGAUGGGGACGGGGGGCCGGGGACCAAAGGUCCCGAGCUGCCCACACCCAGAAGAGAAGCCCAGUCAGAGGGUGCCAGGGAGCCAGGAGCCGGAUAUGUGGGAGAGCAGCUGCGGCGCCUACAGGAGGAGAGAACCUGCAAAGUCUGCCUGGACCGUGCCGUGGGCACUGUCUUCGUGCCCUGCGGCCACCUGGUCUGUGCCGAAUGUGCACCCGCCCUGCAGCUGUGCCCCAUCUGCAGGGCCCCCAUCCACAGCUGCGUGCGCACCUUCCUGUCCUAGGCCAGGUGCUGGCUGCCACGCCGGCGCCUUGCCCAUCUCCGCCUAUCCCUCAGGCCACAGGGCAGGCCUGCUGAGGACAGCUGAGCUGGCAACCAGAACGGGCCAUCCCCAGUCCCCAGCCGAAGACCAGGGUGGAAGGGAGCUGCAGACGUCGUGGCGAAGGGGGUGGGCCUAAAGCUGGGUUUUCUGAUGCUCGGGUGCUUUCACAGUAAAGUGGUGGGUUUUCCCUGGACCGAGCUCAGCAGCCUCUCUUCCAGAUGUGCUGGCCCCACCCCACCUGCUCACCAGCAGGGCGGCGGCCAGACAUCUCCCGGCAUGUCCCCCCACAUGCCUCCUCGUGCCCGGCGGGGCCCCUUCCAUCCCCUCUCCUCUCCCUCAUUCUGUUCUUCUCAGCGUUGUGAUGACUUCUAAAGCCACCUAGCCUCAGGUCACUUCUGAGACUGAGCUUGUAAAUGUCCACCAAAUCCUGCCUCUCGGGAAAGGAGGUCUGCGGGGCAGUGUCCUACUUUCUACGUGGGGGCACUUU